AUGAUUGAUGUGGCCAACCAACUAGGCCUCCCUUCUUACCUAUACUUCACCUCUGGUGCUGGUUUUCUUGGCCUCAUGCUCCCCCCCUCAACUCGCCAUAGCCAAAUCGACACUGAGUUUGAAGACUCGGAUCCUGAUCUGGAGCUCCCGAGUUUCGUCAACCCAGUCCCUAUUCGCGUUUUGCCUGAAGCCUUGAGUAACAAGCAUGGUGGUUAUGCUGCUUUCAUAAAGUUUGCACAGAGGUUCAAAGAGGCUAAGAGUAUUAUAGUAAAUACGUUUUCUGAGUUGGAGCCUUAUGCCGUUGAGUCGUUCGCCAAUGACCGGGUUGACCACAGUAAGAUCAUUGGGUGGCUAGACGCUCAGUUGGAAUUGUCUGUGGUGUUCCUCUGCUUUGGAAGCAUGGGUACCUUCGACGCGCCCCAGGUGAGGGAGAUCGCGCUUAGGCUCGAGCGUAGCGGCCACAGGCUCUCCUGGGCGUCUGCUGAGGCUGGAUGGCAAACUCGGUGGAAGCUCUAA